AAAAGAUUGGGGGAAAAGUGUGGCGUUGUGACGCUUCUCCUCAUGCGGGGAAAAACGGGAUAGUAACCGAGGAGCAAAUCCCCCCCCCCAACAACAUCAGCACCGGGCUCAACUUUUUACCACAGAUAUCUGGUGGCGCAGGAUAACUGUUCUUCAGAUUUUCCCCAGCUGACGCAUUCCUCCACCACUUAGCUCGACUCCAGUAACUAUUAAAAAUAAUAAUGGCACAGCACUUCAGAAGCGGGCCAGCUUUCGGACUUUCAGCGGAGGUGAAAAGCAAGCUUGCACAGAAGUACGACCCUCAGAAGGAGGAGGAGCUCAGGAUUUGGAUCCAUGAGCUGACAGGGCGCAAAGUCCCAGACAACUUCAUGGAAGGCCUUAAAGAUGGAGUCAUCCUGUGCGAACUCAUCAAUGCUCUCCAGCCUGGCUCUGUGCGAAAGAUCAACAACUCCACUCAGAAUUGGCAUCAGCUGGAAAACAUAGGCAAUUUUGUCCGAGCCAUUCAGGAUUACGGUCUGAAGCCCCAUGACAUCUUUGAGGCGAAUGAUCUGUUUGAGAACGUCAACCACACGCAGGUUCAGUGCACUCUGAUCACACUAGCUGGGAUAGCUAAAUCUAAAGGUGUCCAUACUAAAUCUGACAUCGGGGUGAAAUAUGCAGAGAAACAGCAGCGUAGGUUCGCCCCUGAGAAACUGAAGGAGGGGCGCAAUGUUAUCGGGCUUCAGAUGGGAACCAACAAGUUCGCCAGCCAAAAGGGGAUGACAUCAUACGGUACAAGGCGUCACCUCUAUGACCCCAAAGCUGGCAUGGAGAAUCCUAUGGACCAGUCAACAAUCAGUCUGCAGAUGGGAACUAACAAAGGAGCCAAUCAGUCUGGUAUGACAGCACCGGGCACCAAGCGACAGAUCUUUGAUAAGAAGCUGGACAUGGAAACCUGUGACACUUCCAUCGUCUCACUGCAGAUGGGUACUAACAAGGUGGCAUCGCAGUCAGGCAUGACUGUCUACGGGCUGCCACGUCAGGUCUACGACAAAAAGUACUGCACUUACCCCGAAGACUACAUGGACAACGGCCAGGACAUGCAGAUUGACGGAUACCAGUACUCUGACUAAGACGCCUACACACUGCCGCGUUUUUUUUUUUUUUUUAUUCACUCAUUUCUUGCCCACUUUUUAAAAAAUGUAAACCUCAUCCUGUGAGACCACGCAAACUGCAUCGAAACCAGAACAUUAGGUCUAAUUUAAGAUGGAAUAAAAAAAAAUAUGUACGUUUGUAAGGUUUGUAAUUUUAUGCCACGGGCUGCCCCUGCUUCUCACUCGGAAUUUUUUUUAUAUUUUUAUUUUUUGAGUGUAGCGGCUUCCUGUCACCACUUUGCAUGACAUUUUGUUUUUAGCAAAUGGACAAAAAACUAUGCUUCGAAAAGAUCUAGAAAAUCUAGAAUAUUUAUGAUUCCUUAUAGUUGGAUAUAGUUUGGUUUAUCCACUAUAGCUCCUGAUGAUCACAAGUCUGCAGACAUAAAGUUUGGCUCAGAGGAAGUAAUAGCAAAAGUAAAAAAGGAUGAUAUGGUACUAACCAAGCACAGCAAAGCUGAGGACACUCACUAACAUCUAAAAAUUCUAUCCACCUUUUAUGAGAGAAGCUUUGUUGCUUAAGAGGACACCUGAGAAAACGCAGCAUUAUUCCAGUCAGACAACCAAACUCAAACCUGUCCUUUUUUGGUUCCUGCGAUUUGCAGUCAAUGUUGUGUUCUUUCUCUUUCCUUCUGUCUUUUGCACCAUAAAUGCAUAAGAAGAUGGUUCACAGAUGGACAUAUCAUUUAGCCGCGAGGCUUUAAAUCAAGCUAAAAUCUACAGGUGCAGUACAACAUGACGUGAAGAAUGUAAUGUGCACCACUCCAGUAUUGCAUGGCUUUUGGAAGUGUGUAAAAUUUGAUAGAUUGUUUCCAUUACAGCUAAUUGCUAAAACACACUCUGUGCCUUGAAUAAUAAAUUCGUCCUGUUCA